UUGACUGUAAGAUUUUCUGCAGACGAGAGGAAAGUACUCUUGGUGUACUUCCUGUGACGUGGCACAUGGGGGUAGACACAGCUGAACUGGGCUUUGCAGCUCCGAGGAAGGAGCUUCUAAAAAGGAGGACUCUUCAGGACUUCUUGGGAGCCAGAACAAAAGUGAAAGUGAAACGGGUGCUGGCCAGUACUUUCCCAGAAGGAGUUCACUGCAUCCUGCCCUUCUCAGAACCACUCCUGACAGUGGAGAGAGCAUCACCUUCCUUUGUGACUAGAGAGGAAGAAGUCACAGAUAUAUAGAACCUGAGCUUGCCAGCUCCUCAUGUACAUCACGACCAUGGGACAGAACUGGAUACCAGACUCCAGUUCUUUGUGGGUACUGCUUCUGUAUCUCCACAUCGUCACUCUUUUGGCUGGAGCCACACCUGUUCCUCAGACUAUCGCAGCUGCUACUGCCUCAGCUGGGAUCUCCAAGGACCCUAGCCCCUCUAGGUCUCCAACACUUCCACCAGCUAAGAGGUGUCCAGCAUUGGAGGUGACCUGGCCAGAAGUGGAAGUGCCACUGAAUGGAACGCUGACCUUGUCCUGUACUGCCUGCAGCCACUUCCCCGACUUCAACAUCCUAUACUGGUUGGGCAAUGGUUCCUUCAUUGAGCACCUCCCAGGCCGGCUGAGAGAGGGCAGCACCAGUCGAGAGCCUGGAAUUAAAAGCACUCGACUGUGGAGAUCCUUGGUGCUAGAGGAAUUGAGCCCUGCCCUGCGAAACACCAUCUUCUCCUGUGUGUUUAUGGACCCUGGGCAGGUUGCCCAGCAUCAUAUCAUCCUGGCACAGCUCUGGGUGAGGAACCCAAGGGAGGCUUCCAGAGACAUGUCGAGCUCCACUUCUGUGUGGGGAAGAAAGGAAGGGAAGGCCCAUCAGAGAAGCCUCCAAGUUAAUGCCCCCAUUUUCCCUAAGGCUGGGCCGAGGGUGGUCCUGCCUGGCUCUCAAGAAGCCCUGCCUUCCAGCCAGAGCCCAGGUCCCCAGCUGCCCACAUCAGCAGGGUCAAGAGUGAGCACAGGGCCAAGAAUAGCACCACCGUGAGCAGAGCCUGGACACUUCCCACCUGGAGGGCGAAGUCUUGGCUGCAGGCUGUGGGCGAGCAAGCGGCUCCUCUUCUCAGAUUCAAACGUCCUUCCCACCCACCUAGAAAAUCCCAGUGACCUCCCCUUAAGGCUCCCUCCUCCAGCUUGCCCUUCUCUUCACCUGUCUCAUUGGCUUUUCUAUGUCCUACUCAUCACACAUAUCUCCUGCUCAGAAACCUUCAAGACCUGUCCAGCACCUUAGCCCAAGACUCACAUGUCCUGCCUGAGCACCCUUCCUUGUUUCUAAGAUGGCUCCCACUCAUGUGCCUUUGCGUCCUUGGUCCUGUCUUCCUUGCUAUUCCAACAGGUGACCCUGGGAGACUGGUUGAAAUGCCGCCUCUUCAGUGAUGGCCACACACAGCUCUGGCCACAUGUGGCAUUGAUUUCAUGUUGCCUACAUGUAUAUAUUAUUUUUUCACCUUAAUGAACUAUCCCAGGGAAGGGGACAGUGGCUGCUUCUGAUCCCCAGUCAUCCCCAGCAGGACUCACAAUAAAUCCUCAUAAAGGAUUAUUCAAUGGAGGCAUCUUGA